CAACCCUUUAAUUCAUCCCCCAUAUACUCUUGAUUUCAGCCACCCCUCCGCUUUCUUCCACUGAAACUACCGUCCUCCCACCAUCCGCGGGAAACCUCUCUCCGUGUAGAUUUCUGAGCGGAGCGCUGGCAAAGAGAAAAACAUACAAAUUCCCCCCCAAAAAAACCGAACGUGCCAAAGAGAAAAACUAGGGUUUCUAAGCAGGGCGAUGAGAAGAGAAUUAUACAAAAUUCCCAGGAAAAGUACCGUAUCCUGUCUACUCUUCGGUAUUUGAAGAUUUUCUUGAAUUGUGUUGUGGAAAUUAUUCCGUUUCUAUAGUGGAAAGCGUCUUAGAGAAAAAAGAACUAGGGUUUAUGUUCAUGAAAUGCGGGGAGGCCAGGUUUAUGUAUUAUGAAUGGAGAUUAGCGUCCUCUUCUCUUCAGAUUUCUCUAUAGCCCUGACAGUCACCCUUUUUUGCUGCCUCUUUGCCUCCAUUCUGUUUGCCUUCCGAUCAAAAUCAAGAAAGCUUUUCAAGUCAGAAUCCCGGUCCUUGAGCUGUUUCUGUUCCUGUAUAGGGAACCUCAGUGCGGGUGGUGAAAUGGCAGCUUCUAUGAACGGCGUAGAGGGUUGUAGUUGUGGUGGGAGUGGUUGGAAAGAGAUGGUUGAGCGCAGGCCUAUGGCAGUGGUGGCUGGGGAGAGGAUGACCGGUGCUUCCAUGAUGGAACAGCUGGUUCCCGAAAUUACAACUCAUGCUCUCAGCUAUUUGGAUUAUCCCAGUCUCUGUCGGCUGUCAAUGACAAAUUCACUAAUGAGGAAGGCUGCAAAUGAUGAUAAUGCGUGGAAGGCUUUAUAUCAUAAGGAUUUCACAUUGGAACAGGAUAGCGUGACUCCAGCUAAUGGAUGGAAAGCGUACUAUGCAUCUACGAGAGCAAUUAUGAACAUUAAUGCUGAGUUUUUUAAGAUUAUCAGGGAAAAAUCACUCCCUGCAAUGGGUCAUUUGUGGCUCAAGGGUGAUUAUGUGAAGUGUUUUCAUGCCAAUGGAGAGUUCUUUACUGGUUACAGUGCAGUGAUAGAAAGCUGGCAGCUUGCUUUUAACUGGGAGCAGCAAAGCAUGGAUUUCCAGAUUCGGGAUGUGAGGGCCAGGGUGUUUCCAGAUUCUGCUUGGGUCACCAUGAAAGCAUAUCUUCAACAAGACACGAGGCCAUUUUACAUGACUAACGUUUUCGAAUUCCACAAGGGGAGGUGGUGCAUGGUGCAUCAUCACUGCUCCAUCGUGCUCCUCCAUGGUGGAGGAGGAGGUGGUGGUCCGGGGCCGCAAAUUGUGCAGGGAUGAUGUGAUUGUUUCUGUGUAAUGAACGCUAGAAGAUGGCGAUUUAUUUAUUUAUAUAUAUAUAUAUAUAUAAAUUAGUGAAAGAUUGUAUAGAUUUCUCCUUUUGUUAGGAGGGUUCUUGUCGGAGGAGAAGGCUCGAGUUUCUUGCCACCUGAUUUUCAGGCACAUAAAAGGCUUCUUGUCUUGCUCUAAUAACAAGUGCACAGGAUGAGUUGGUUAUUGUCCCCUUCUUUUUACAACUUUGAUGCUUGAAUCUGACUUUUAUAAGCUGUGGGGAUUUUCAUUCUGUUCAUUCUCAUUGUGGAUGAUAACUGAAGGGAUGACCUUUUGAAUCGUAAUAAUACAGCGUACUCCGUUCU